CAACGCCACCUGCCCGCCCACCGCCCGGUAUAAAAGCGCCGCCGGCCUUGCCCCCUGGGACUCGGCCCCAUGGAGAGGGCGCCGGCCGCCUUUCGGCGCACGCCGGGGAGCUAUGACAGGUGCCUUCCACCAGUCUGAUCUGUGAGUGGCCAGUGGAGAGAGGCCCACCCAGCAAGCCGGCCCCCCGCCAUGAGUCUGUGGAAACUUGAAGACAGCCACAGCUGCUCAGUUACCACCAGGCCAGCCCAGGUGCCCCCCACUGAGGAGGCAUCAGCCGCGGAGCUGCAGAUGAAGGUGGACUUUUUCCGAAAGCUGGGCUACUCAUCCGAUGAGAUCCACAGCGUCCUGCAGAAGCUGGGGGUCCAUGCAGACACCAACACGGUGCUGGGUGAGCUGGUGAAACAUGGGUCAGCCACUGAGCGGGAGCACCAGGCCUCACCAGACCCCUGCCCUCAGCCUCCUCUGGUCCCCCGGGGUGGGGGCACUCCCAAGGCUCCUGCCCUGGAGCCCCCACCCCUAGAGGAGAACAAGGACAGCAGUGACCUGAGGCCCGUGGUCAUCGAUGGGAGCAACGUGGCCAUGAGCCAUGGGAACAAGGCGGUCUUCUCCUGCCGGGGCAUCCUGCUGGCUGUGAACUGGUUUCUGGAGCGGGGCCACACAGACAUCACAGUAUUUGUCCCGUCCUGGAGAAAGGAGCAGCCUCGGCCCGACAUGCCCACCACAGAGCAGCACAUCCUGCUGGAAUUGGAGAAGAAGAAGAUCCUGGUGUUCACGCCGUCGCGGCGCGUGGGCGGCAAGCGGGUGGUGUGCUACGAUGACCGCUUCAUCGUGAAGCUGGCCUACGAGUCUGACGGGGUGGUGGUCUCCAACGACACAUACCGGGACCUCCAGAGCGAGCGACAGGAGUGGAAGCGCUUUAUCGAGGAGCGGCUGCUCAUGUAUUCCUUCGCCAACGACAAGUUCAUGCUCCCUGAAGACCCCUUGGGCCGCCAUGGGCCAAGCCUGGACAACUUCCUGCGUAAGAAGCCGCUGACAGCUGAGCACAGGAAGCAGCCCUGUCCCUAUGGGAGGAAGUGCACCUACGGGAUCAAGUGCCGGUUCUUCCACCCCGAGCGGCCAAGCCGCCCCCAGCGCUCUGUGGCUGAUGAGCUCCGUGCCAAUGCCCUCCUCUCGCCCCCUAGGGCCCCGGGCAAGGACAAAAGUGGCCAGCGGCCUUCACCACCAUCUCAGUCUGGCUCUCUGCCCACUGAGCAUGAGCAGUGCACCCUGGAAAGGAAAAAGCUGGGAACCCAGGCACCCCCGGGGCCCCACCGAGAGGGUCUGGCCCAGACCUUUCCCCCAGCGACCACAGGCAGGAGCCUGCCACCCAGUGGGGGCAGUGGGGGCAGUGGGGGCAGUGGCGGCGGCAGCUUUGGGCCCACAGACUGGUUCCCACAGACCCCAGAUUCUCUCCCGUACUCCUCUCAGGGCUGCCUGGACUCAGGCAUUGGCUCCCUGGAGAGCCAGAUGUCAGAACUGUGGGGGGUUCGAGGAGUGGGCUCUGGUGAGCCAGGCCCACCCCGUGGCCCUUAUGCUGGCUACAGCCCCUACGGGGCUGAGCUCCCAGGCACUCCAGCCUUCUCUGCCUUUGGACGGGCCGUGGGUGGCCACUUCAGUGUCCCUAACGACUAUGCACCCCCGCCAGCUGCCUUUCCGCCUCGAGAGUACUGGUCUGAGCCAUACCAGCUGCCCCCACCCACCCCGGCCCUGCAGGAGCCGCAGGUACCGGGACCAGGGGCCGACCGGGGCCCGUGGGGUGGGGCCAGCAGCCUGGCCAAGGAGCGAGCCAGUGUGUACACCAAGCUGUGCGGCGUCUUCCCCCCACACCUGGUGGAAGCCGUCAUGAGGCGCUUCCCACAGCUCCUGGAUCCCCAGCAGCUGGCUGCUGAGAUCCUCUCCUACAAGUCCCAGCACCUCAGCGAGUAGGCAGUCCUGGCCGCCCUCCAAGCUCUGUCAUGCCGGUCUGUGGGCCAUCCAGCAGCCCAUUCCCAGCCCCAAGGCUGGCCCUGGAGACUGGACAGAGGGAGGGUUAAAGUAGGGAAGGGAACCCGCAAACCAAAGAUACUGUAGGAUUGGUUCUGAUCCACUCGGCACCUCUAGCUGUCUGCCCGAGUGGGUCAGGAACGAUCACCCUGUUGAUACACAUUGUAUCUCUAGUUUAAGGAGACGCUGCCGGUAACGGCUGUCGGUCCGUGGCUGAAGCCCAAACCUUCCUUUCUCUCAGAGGGCGGGGAAGGAGGCUGGGGGAGCAGAGGCCUGGGCUGGGGGCCCUGUGCACCGUCCCCCAUCUCCACCCCAUCCCUGGGAUGCCAGCCUUGGCUGGCUAGUUGGGCACCGUGUGCCUGCCCUCCGAGGGCCCCUCCUCUAAGCCAAUGAGGCCUCAUCCAUGCUCUUGGGCAUAAGGCUUCAUGUUAGUAAGCAAGAUGCUUCUUAAAAACCCACCUUCUGCCCAUUUAGUUCACCUGUCCCGUGGCCCCUGCUGGGGAUCAAGAACCCUCUGCCCCUACCCUCUCUGCCUCCCCUUUCCUCUGCACUUGGAGUCAUCUCACCAAAGGUUGAGACAUGUGUAAUGUUAAUAUUUUACGUGGGAAGUCCUUGCUUCCCUUAACCUGUCGAUAAAGGACAAUGUGA